AUGUCCUAUGAUCGGUUUUUAGCCAUCUGCCACCCCCUCCGUUACGCCGCGCUGAUGAACGGCCGGGUGUGUGGCCAGCUGGUGGCGGCGGCCUGGGGGAUUGCAGUGCUGCUCUGUACCAUUGUAGACAGUUCCUUCUUCCAAUUAACGUUUUGUCAUUCCGAAGAAAUCGACCAUUUCUUCUGCGAUCUCUCACCCGUGAUAAAACUGUCCUGCAGUGACACCCGUAUGCUGCAAGCUAUGGCAUUUGCAGUCGCUUCCAUAACACUUGGGGCCUGUUUGCUAAUCGUAGGGUCCUACGUUUGUAUCCUCUCCACCAUCCUGCAGAUUCCAUCCACCGCCGGGAGGCAAAAGGCCUUUUCCACCUGCUCCUCCCACCUCAUCAUGGUUGCAGUUUUCUAUGGGACCCUGAUCGCCGUCUAUGUGUUUCCAACAGCCAGCACUUCCAAAGUCCUAAGCAAAAUAUCCUCGGUCUGCUACACAGUCCUGACUCCUUUGAUCAACCCCGUCAUCUACAGCCUGAGAAACAAGGAGAUCAGCGAGUCCCUGAGAAAAGCUCUUCAGAAACUGGCUUGUUUCAGAAACAGGCACAGAAGCUUAAGGACAAAUUUUAACAAAUAG